AUGCUAAUAGAGCAAAGUGAGAAAUGUCUUCCUUCCUUCCUUCCUUCCUUCCUUCCUUCCUUCCUUCCUUCCUUCCCUAGUGGAGCAUCAGGGAGCAGCAGUGAAUCAGAGAGCAGCUCAGAGUCGGACACAGACGAAUCAGAGAGCAGCUCCAGUGACAGCGAGUAUAACCAGACGUCCCGCACACACACACCAGAGCCUGAGCCCCCCUCUGCCAACAAGUGGCAGCUGGACAGCUGGUUGAAUAAGGUCCAAGCUCAAACCAAACCCCAGGUUCCCCCUCAGCCAGAACAUGGCACAGGCUCCAUCCCCCAGGGUCCGGGGACUUUCUCUCCCAGGAGUGAAGCACCAGGAGUGGGAACGGCCGCAAAGACAAAGCCCUGCGUGUCCAGCAGCACCCCGGUUCCAGCUGCCCAAACGGUGGAACACAAGGAUACGAGGGGAGCGUUCUGCCCGGGCAGAGAGAAGGCCAAGGCUAAGCUCAGCCAGAAGGCCUCAGGGGAGGGCCAGAGGUCAAAGAUGAGGAUGUCACCGGGCCUGUUGUCAGGGCCGGAGGUCGCGACCCAGAGGAGGAUCACCACGGGGAAGAAGCAGCCCAGACGGACAGAGAGGUCGAACAGUGUGGAGGAUGGUCAGAGCCAGACGUGGAGCAGAACAAACCAGCACAGCCCUGCGUCUAGGGAGAAGGACCUGUUGCCUCCCCCCUCCCUAGAGCUUCAGAACCCCCCGAGGCCACGAAGCAAACCCCCCAGUGGGAAAACAGCCCCCAGGAAAGAACCUCGCAGUGCUACCAACUCAAACAGCAGCUCAGUUACUCCACCAGCAGCGCUACAGCAAACCCCCGCGCCAAUACCUGCUGUCAGUGUAAACCAGGACAAGAAGAAACACAGAGGUCCGAGCACCAAGAUAACACCCAAGUCCCGUGAAUUCAUCGAGACGGACUCGUCCUCCUCGUCCUCCGAAUGCCACUCGGAUUCGGAGGAAGCCCUCAAGAUCCCCGCGCUGCCGCCUCAGACGACUCGCUCGGCCAUCAACACGCAGACCCUGUCCAACACGCACGCGCCUCCUCUACCCCCGUGCCUCGGGUCCGCGGGGAGCCUGGGGGCAUUUGGAGGGAAGGGCCUCCGAGUCAAAGACGGUGGCAGUGUGACCACUAACGGUAGCAGCAGCAGCAGUAACGGUAGCAUCAGCGGUGGUGCCAACGGCAGCAGUAACGCCCUAAGCAUUAGCAACAUAACUGGUUCAUUUGGCACUUCUGUUCCUGACCCCGGAGGGUUAGGAGGUCAGCGCAAAGACCCAGUGUCCAUGUCGCCGCCUCCCAACGUGGGACACGAGGUGCCGCCGUCCCCCUUGAGGGAAUACCAAGAGAUCCAGAGUUUAUGGGUGAAAAUCGAGCUGAGUUUGCUCAGCAGGGUGCCUGGCCAGGGUUUGGGGGAAAGAUCCAGAGCGGGACUGGCCGAAAGGGAUGGGAGCGAGGGGAGGGACAGGGAGAGACAGGGGGAGAGGAUAGGGGCGCCCGAGAGGGAGAGACAGAAGCAGGCCGAGAGAGAGUGGCCGGGGCUGAGGGAGAAGCAGAAGCCACCUAAAGGGGAGAAGCAGGAGGAAGAAAACGAGCGGCUGGGGCAGGACAGAGAGAGGCAAGGUGACAGAGACAGAUUAACGGAGAGAGAGAGGCAGACGGACAGAGAGGACAGAGACCGAUCGGUGCUCGGGGAGAGGGAUCGGACGGCGGGGAGGGACAGAGAGAAGGCGUGCCAAGGUCCGGGGGUCCAGGACAACCCCCCUGUGCAAGAGCAGAGUAAUCCCAGGCUGGCAGGGAGGACGGAGAGCAAACACAGGAGGCAGGCCGCUGGAAACAUGGCGGUCCCAGCAGAGAAACACACCAACAAGAGCAAGAGGAAACACAAGUCGGACCACACUGAGUCGUCAGUCAACGGCAAUAAGAAGCUGCGAUUGGACAAAGACUGUCAGCUCCUCCCGCCCUGCAUCUCUCCAAUACACAACCACAAGAACAGCUCAGCAGAUAGUUCACUAAACAGGAAGCAGUCUCGGCGGCGUGAAGACAAGCUGCUCCCCCCCCUCCUGUCGCCGCUCUCUGACGAUCCGCCUCGUAAACGGACCUGUGACAGCAGUUCCUCUCUCGGCCAGGAGGGCGUCGCCUCUGGGACGCUGCCCUGCUCCACCUCCUCCACUUCCACUUCCACUUCCACUUCCUCACACAGACACAGGAGAGGUGAAGGCAAGGCAUCGACACACGCGAGGAACGGCAGUGAAGUCGACACCCACAGCGAGAAGCCCAGCGGAGACGGUUACCAUGCCAACGGACAGUCGGACUCGGAGGUGUGGUCGGAACCACCGGUGGAACCUGCAGAACCUCGCCGGCCACGACUGACGUUUAGCGACACAGUCCAUAGUGCAGACUACUACAUGCAGGAGGCCAAGAGACUGAAGCACAAGGCCGACGCUUUGAUGGACAAAUUUGGUAAAGCGGUGAACUACGCAGACGGCGCCCUCUCCUUCAUAGAGUGUGGGAAUGCGAUGGAGCGAGAUCCACUGGAGGCCAAGUCCCCGUAUACCAUGUACUCUGAGACUGUGGAGCUGAUCAGGUACGCCAUGAGGUUGAAGAACUUCACCAGCCAUUCAGCCACCGUCGCUGAGAAGAAACUCGCCGUGUUGUGUAACCGCUGUCUGUCUCUGCUGUAUCUGAGGAUGUUCCAUUUGAAGAAAGACCACGCUGUCAAGUACUCGCGGUCGCUCAUGGAGUACUUCAAGAAUUCAGCCAAGAGUUCCCACCAAGCACCCUCUCCCUGGAGGAUCAAUGGGAAGGUUAACGGGACCCCGUCCCCCCUCUCACUCAGCCCCUCCCCGGCUGGCAGCGGAGGGGCGGGAGGAGGAUCCGGAGGAGCCCCGGGCUCGUCGGGAAGCGUGGCCAUCCCUCAACGGAUUCAUCACAUGGCUGCCAGUCACGUUAACAUCACCAACAACAUCCUGCGGAGCUAUGAACACUGGGAGACGGCUGAUAGACUGGCCACUGAUAGCCAAGAGUUCUUCCAGGAGCUGGACUCGGUGAUGGAGCCGUUGAGUCAGCAGAGCAGCAUGACGGAGCUGGUCCGAUACAUCAGGCAGGGACUGCACUGGCUCCGCUUAGAGGCUCACCUGCUGUAAGGACUGGAGCCCAGCCAAAAAUAAUAAAACAAAUAGAGAGAGGAAGAAAGACAUUUGCCUGGGAGCUAGAACUGGGAUAACAAGUGAGAUGAGACUCGUGGCGAUGCUUCGGUUCCCACUGGGAUCCUUCAAAUGACCCGACACCACCCGCAGUAGUGUAACGGCACAGACUGGGUGGAUUAAUUGGGCUGAAAUUCACCUGAACAGUAAUUAAGUUUGGGAAUUUCCGCUGUGAAUCACAGAAUACAAAGUAGCACAUUAAACGUUUGGCUGAUGCUGCUUCUUUUUGGAGCAACUGUAUCUCCGCGCAGGUAGCUUCAAUUCCUUAAGGGGCAAUAGAUGUUGUAAACCUUCCUGUGUCCCUGAAUAGAAAUAAUAAUAAGCAGUAAAAAGUAUUUUUACAAAGACGGGAUCAUUUUCAAAAAAAAGCUAUGUGAGCAGCUGAUGUGAUUUAGGAGGCUGGAGGUAAGGAGCUCAACAGAGGCUCAUCUGCUGCAGCGGCAGCCUCGAAACGUGUCUGUGAUUGGGACCAGAGCGAAAGCCUCGGGCUGAUAUCGAUCCAAGUGGAGCACCGGUCCAAUCCAUUAGAUGAGCAGCACUAGUGAAGGAAAGAGGCCCAGCUUUAACCUCUAGAGCUGAAUUGAUGGAGGCCAACGUUAGUCCUCUGCUUUCUGUAGGUCUGUGACACAAAUGUUUUUAAAGUUUGAAAUACAUCUAUCCUGAGUAUCAGGACUGUCUCACUUUGUCCAGCGGCCAUCGAGCGACUCACAUGUGAUCUGGAUCGGUGGGUUGUUAAAGUAGAAGCACUUAAGAUGCACAGCCUCUGUGAUAACCCCAACAUUAAGCUAGCGAGACCGAGGAUUACAAGACCUGGUCAAGCUGCCGUACGGGGAGUUCCCGGCUCAGCAGAACAAGUAGUCAACUCACUGGUCCUACAAAUGAGGGCUUUCCUCCAUCAAAUAAAGAGCAUUUGUCUGGUUCUUCUCUCACUGGUUAUGGGCUUUUUGUGAAAUUCCACACAGUUCUAUUUCCCAUAGUAACCCACCCACUGAGGUGUCAAACACUUACAAGGGGAAAAAACUACAAGACUCCUAAUUAAGCCCCACCCACGUGCAGAUGGAGUUAAGGGGGGGGGGAUCUCACACUCGCAUUUUCUGUCAACAGAAACCUGUGUCACUUUGUACAUCUCUCUGAGGUCAGAUCACCUGCCGGAUGUCUUGUAGUCGUUUCCCAAACGUGUGUCGUGUUGUGUCGUUCGUGUGCAUACGUGUACAGCUGGUUGUCAAGUCUAUAAAUCCUUACCUGACAGGACAAUACAGAUGUUUGUGUACCAUAAUGUACAAACUGUGACUCCUGGAAACACUGUUUGUUUUUGUUUUGUGAGUGAUUCGAUGUGAAUGAAUGA